AUGACCGUCACUUCUAGAACAACUGCCGGACCCUUAACCGUCCUCGUGUCGACGAGGGCCGUUAUCACACUACCAGACGACACCCUCUUACUUACACCAGCUACUAUAUCCAUCUCUCCCGUCACUGGGAAGAUAGAAGCGAUUGUGCCUACUGUCCUGCCCAGAUCGUCGUUUCCACCGUCGACGACGUAUAUCAACUAUGGAUCCAAGCUGUUGAUUCCCGGACUUGUGGAUGCUCAUGUACACCUUAAUGAGCCAGGCCGGACGGAAUGGGAAGGAUUCAACACCGGCACCAGAGCAGCAGCUUCUGGUGGCGUAACCACCGUUGUCGACAUGCCUCUUAAUGCUAUCCCUCCAACCACCACUUUAGCGGGGUUUAAGGAGAAGCUAGCCGCCAGUCAGGGCCAAUGCUGGGUCGACGUGGGGUUUUACGGGGGAGUUAUCCCCGGAAACGCGGACGAACUUCUUCCUUUAGUAGACGCGGGCGUUCGCGGAUUUAAAGGCUUCCUAAUCGAGUCGGGUGUCGAAGAGUUUCCUGCCAUCUCGUCAACGGACAUUGAGCUUGCAAUGAAGACACUAAAUGGUACGCCGACAACCCUCAUGUUCCACGCCGAAAUGAUCCCUCCGAUUUCGGAUUCGGUUGGCGAUGCAGUACAAGUCUCCGAGCCUCCUCUAGCACCGCAUGGCGAGUUGAAAUCGUAUAGAACGUUCCUCGAGUCGCGACCCCCAUCCUUCGAAACUUACGCCAUAGACGAGAUCGUCUCUCUUGCACACCUCGCCCCUGAUCUACACCUACACAUCGUACACUUGUCUGCAACGCAAGCAAUCCCGAUCCUGAAGGCUGCUCGCAAGGUUGGAGUCAAUAUUACCGCCGAGACUUGUUUCCAUUAUCUAGGCUUGGCGGCUGAGGGCGUUGAGGAUGGCGAUUGCAGAUACAAAUGCUGCCCACCAAUCCGGGAGCAGCAAAACCAAGAUGGGCUUUGGGAAGAGCUCACAGCACCGGACUCAUGCAUUAAAACCAUCGUCUCUGACCAUUCGCCCUGUACUCCCGAGCUCAAGCUCCUUCCGUCUCAUCUCCAAACCAUCGAAGCUCCGCCAAUGCAUCAUUCCGAUUCAGGUAUUGAUAUGACGGCUGACUUGGCUGACGCUAAUGGAGGUAAAACCGCCGAUACGACGCAAAUUGCAAAGGGCGUAGGAGAUUUCUUUGCCGCUUGGGGCGGCAUCUCGUCGGUCGGACUCGGUUUACCCAUCCUUUACACAUCGGCCAAGCAGCGAGCGGCAGCGGGGAGCAAAUCGGCUCCUACGAUCACCGAUAUCGUGCGCCUAUGUUGUGCCGCCACAGCUAAGCAAGUCGGACUAUCGCAUCGCAAGGGUGCUCUCAAGGUCGGUAUGGAUGCGGAUAUUUGCGUAUUUGAUGAUACCGAGGAGUGGAUAUUACACUCGGGCGGUAUGCAUUGGAAGAACCGCUGCUCGCCGUGGGAGGGACACAAAUUCGUCGGCCGUGUCAAAGAGACUUGGCUCAGAGGCCAAAAAGUCUUUGAACAUGGAGGUAUUAAUGGUGGAUUCGUGACGGGUAAGCCGGUCGGUACGGCUAUUGUCGAGAAGAGAUUUGCCUAG